AUGACGAAUGCCCUCAUUGGUACGGAUCAGACCGACGUUUGCUUCUGGGAGCGCGUCCUAGGGGUGUACAACAGAUUCAAACCACCAGGCACCGUCGAGCGUACACAUAGCCAGAUCUGGAAGAAGUUCAGCAGGAUCAGUAGAACGGUGAAGAGGUUCAGUGGCAUAUACGAGAUCCAACUCCGCAUUGCUGAGAGCGGCCGCAGCGAAGCCGACGUACGGGCGUUGUCGCAUCAGUUGUUUAAUACUGUAAAGUGGCCCAAGUUCACCUACUGGGAUGAAUACCUCGUUCUGCGGGACUUCCCAAAAUUCAAGGCCAUCAUUGAGGAAGAGGAGCGUGCUCCUGGUGCGAAACAGACAAGACUCGGCGUAGCCAGCAUCUACAGCAGUAGUAGCAACUCACGUGCCUUCGACCUGAACGACGAUGCUUUGGAAGAGGCCCCCUCGUCACUCUCCAGGCGCCCACGUCUGCAGGGCCAGCGUGUCUGGGAAGCUAGAUCCGCCUCCCAAGUCUCUGCUACGAGCAUGUCUGCAAUCGGCUCAACACCGAGGGCGGCGUUGGCUCAUACCCUAGAGGUGCAGAUGAUGAAGCAACUUCAGGAUAACUUGUCCUUGUACGAGAAGUCGACUGACCCGGAGACCAAGAGGAUGUACUACGACCUCAUACUGAGACUGAGGUCGAAGUUAGGGUGGGGCAAAGGGUCGGAGACGGGACACGCAAGCGGCAGUGGUGACGGUGGAGGCGGCAACAAAGGUGUUGAAGAAGAUGUGCCGGAUUCUGAUGACGCCACUCCGUACGCGGCGGUGGCGUCAUUUUUUUAG